GGGGCAUCGCAUCGCACCAACACCCAGCCAUGACCACGCCUGUCUGAACCUCCCCGACAACCGAUCUUCAUACCCCUGCAUGCGAGUCUACGAUUGUGCGCUUCCGUCACAAUGACCGAUUACGCGAAAUGGAAGGUGACCGACCUCAAGGCCGAGUUGAAGCGCCGCGGCAUCCCGCAGACCGGUCUCCGCGUUAAACAGCAAAUUAUUGAUCGAUUGGUGGAGGAAGACGCGCAGCAGGGGACAGAGGCAGUCGCAAAUGGAGAGUCGCCGGUUGAACAGGAUGCUGCGCCAGAGACAACACAACCCGUCGAGUCGGAGCCCGUGCCAGAACCAGAACCAGAGCAAGAGCCAGAGCCGACCGCAGAUGCGCCGGCCAAACCGGAGAACCUGGAGCCUGAGGGGAAAGAAGAUCAAUAUGCGGAGCCAGUGCAGGAACCAACGCAAGAGCAGGUACAGGGCGACGCUGUCAACGAGACGAAGCCGGAGCCGGUAGCCCCCAAUGAAAAAGCUGCGGAGCAAGAGCAAGUCCAGUUUGAAGAACCUACUCAAGAAUCACCAAAACAAGACGAACCGGCGGAGCCAACCGAUGCAGACCAACCAACCGAUGCCAUUAUGACCGAUCAACCACCCGAUACGACUAUGGUCGAACCCGCCGACCAGACCAAGACUGAGACAGCUGCAGCGCCGGUAGAGCAGGCUCCUGGAGAGGCAGCAGAGCAGUCUGCGAUGGUCGAGCCGAAAGGCGCAGAACUGGCUGCAUCCGACGAGACCGCGCCGCCCGUUGCCAUCCCCUCGGAGAUGAAUACCGCGUUGUCGACCCCCCUGCCCACGGAGGAAGUGCUGGAGGACAGGCGGAAGCGAAAGCGUCGCAGCCAGAGCCCCGUGCCCACCCCCGACGUGCUUGCGCAUAAAAAGGCCAAGGCCCAGGAUGAAACGCCCCGGGUGCUGCUGCCCGAGGACCAGGAAGCUCAGGAACGCGAGGCCCGGCAGGACGGCAGAGAGGAUUCCGGCCCACAAGGAACCCCUGAAGAACGCGCGGGGCCCGAAACCGCGUCUGAGCAUGACGCCCCGCCGGUGCAAGAUGAAACGUCCAAGAAAGGCGCCCCCCUGAAGCAUGAUGUUCGCUUCAAAGGGCUGUUUGCUGCCAAGGACACCCAGCAGACCCGCCCCGUGUCUCCCCCGCCGGAUGCGGUGAUGGAAGAUGCCGACGUCGAGCCUGCUCUGCACGUCGCCACGGCCGCUCUCUAUGUCGGCGGCUUGAUGCGUCCGCUCCAGCCGGUCGCGCUCCGGAACCACCUGGUCAGUCUGGCGUCGCCUCCGGAUGCCGCGCCCAAUCCGGACGUGGUGGUGGACUUUUACUUGGACCCCAUCAAAACGCAUUGUUUUGUGAGCUUUACGGCCGUCGCGGCGGCAUCGCGAGUCCGCACCGCCCUCCACGGGACGGUCUGGCCCAACGAACGCAACCGCAAGACCCUGUUUGUGGACUUCAUUCCCGAGGACAAGCUAUCCCAGUGGAUUGAAAAGGAAGAAGGGGCCCGACAACGCAGCGGUCCCCCGCCACGCUGGGAAGUACGGUAUGAACCGACGGAGGACGGCGUCGAGGCGGUGCUAGGGGAGAUCGAUCCGAGAAGCGCUGGAUCUCAACCGGCGCGCGGGCCUGAGUCCUCAGGAUUCUCCCGGCCACCACCAACGGGGCCCCGGGCAGAGAUGGGCGGCCCCGGUCGGCGUCCCAGCGGCGAGGCCCCGGCAGAUUCGAGCUCCCGACCUGGACAAGGAUUCAAGCCGUUGGAUGAGCUGUUCAUGUCUACGACGACCAAGCCCAAGCUGUACUACCUUCCGGUGCCUCGGGAGGUGGCGGAUCGACGCCUGGAUCGCUUCGACGAUUUGCUACGAAAGGGCGAGUACCCCCGGCGGGGAGGGGACGAGCCCCGUCGCAUCACCUUCGAGGACGAUGAUUAUUUUGUAGACAACGGGCCCGACUUUGGCGGCAAUGGGCGCAACCGACGAGGCCGUGGUGGGCGAGGUGGGCGAGGACGCGGAGGCUUUGGGGAUUCAUGGAGGGAUGACCGGCGCAGUCGAUAUUGAGUGAAGGAGAUAUACCCAUUACCCCUGAUCAGUGAUGAUGAUGAUACACUAUGGAACUGCCACGGUUUGGGAUUAGGUGCCGUGCCAGUCCGAAAGGCGAUUGCAAUUUCCUGUACAGUAGCCCAGUGCCAAGACGGCGGCGUGAAAAGCGUGAUCGACGCAAAUUGACGGC